AUGGUGAACAAACUAAAGGGACAAUUCCUACCUGUUGAUUGUGAGGUUCAAGUGUUCAGGAGGAUGCAAAACUUGAAACAGAAAGACAUGGAUGUGGCUGCCUACAUUGAGGAGUUUCAUAAACUCAACAUGAGAUCAGGACAUGUGGAGAAUGAAAGAGAAAAGGUGGAUAGAUACCUUAAUGGUCUGAGGUUUAAUAUCCAAGGUGAGAUCAGCCUUCUUGUUCCUAAGACCGUGGAUGAGUGUUUUCAAGUGGCAUUGAGGGCAGAAGAAAAGUUGAAGAGGAAGAGUGAUCAGAAAAGUAGAGGAAGAUGCAGAAGUUUCAGAGGAAGAGGAAAAUUUGGGGGCAAAAAACAUUCUGAAAGACAAGAAGGAGAGUCAAAUCAAAAUGAACAAAAUGGAGACUCAAAUAGUAGAGGAAGUUUUAGAGGAAGGAGGCCCAAUGGGAGAGGAAGUAAUGGUGGACCGGGAAGAGGUUCGAGUACUUUUACUAGUAGAUGUUACAAUUGUAACUAA